AAGAGCUGCCUUGUUCUUUCAUUUGACUUUUUUCUGGCAAAACGAAAAAGACUUUAGCUGUUUUCACAUAGAGAAAAAUGGCAAACUUUGUUUUACAAUACCUCCAUUUCCAUGGCUUUCUCCUCUUCUUUUCCCUUUUUCUCUGUCCCAAUUCCUCAUAUAAUUCCUAACUAGCUAGCUAUCCCUUGUUCAAUUUCUUUUCUCUCCCCAAAUUCAAUGGCUCUUUCUUCCUAAUGAUCCCUCUAUUUCCCCUUUCUCCCACAAACAUACAGAACGUAUGCUGUAAUGGAUAGUAGGACUGCUUUUUCGGAUUCGAAUGAUAUUAGUGGAAGCAGUAGUAUAUGCUGCAUUGGCGGCAUGAACGAAUCGGAAACUUCACCGGCAGACGUCAAUUCCCUCAAACGUCUAUCAGAAACACUAGAGUCUAUCUUCGAUGCGUCUUCGCCGGAUUUCGACUUCUUCGCUGACGCUAAGCUUGUGGUUCCAGGCAGUAAGGAAAUUCCGGUGCACCGAUGCAUUUUGUCAGCGAGGAGUCCUUUUUUUAAGAAUAUAUUCUGUGGGAAAGAUAGGAAGACGAAGCUGGAACUCAAGGAGCUGAUGAAAGAGUAUGAGGUCAGUUUUGAUGCGGUGGUCAGUGUGCUCGCCUAUUUGUAUAGUGGAAAAGUUAGGCCUUCACCUAAAGAUGUGUGUGUUUGUGUGGACAAUGAGUGCUUGCAUGUAGCUUGUAGGCCAGCUGUGGCCUUCAUGGUUCAGGUUUUGUACGCAUCCUUUACCUUUCAGAUCUCUCAAUUGGUCGACAAGUUUCAGAGACACCUAUUGGAUAUUCUUGACAAAGCUGCAGCAGACGAUGUAAUGAUGGUUUUAUCCGUUGCAAACAUUUGCGGUAAAGCAUGUGAAAGAUUGCUUUCAAGCUGCAUUGAGAUUAUUGUCAAGUCUAAUGUUGAUAUCAUAACCCUUGAUAAGUCCUUGCCUCAUGACAUCGUAAAACAAAUCACUGAUUCACGUGCUGAACUUGGUCUACAAGGGCCUGAAAGCAAUGGUUUUCCUGAUAAACAUGUUAAGAGGAUACAUAGGGCAUUGGACUCUGAUGAUGUUGAGUUACUAAGGAUGUUGCUUAAAGAGGGGCAUACUACUCUCGAUGAUGCAUAUGCUCUCCACUAUGCUGUAGCAUAUUGCGAUGCAAAGACUACAGCAGAACUUUUAGAUCUUUCACUUGCCGAUGUUAAUCAUCAAAAUCCUAGAGGAUACACGGUACUUCAUGUUGCUGCCAUGAGGAAAGAGCCUAAAAUUAUAGUGUCCCUUUUAACCAAAGGAGCUAGACCUUCUGAUCUGACAUCUGAUGGCAAAAAGGCACUUCAAAUUGCUAAGAGGCUCACUAGGCUUGUAGAUUUUACCAAGUCUACAGCGGAAGGAAAAUCUGCUCCAAAGGAUCGGUUAUGCAUUGAGAUUCUGGAGCAAGCAGAAAGAAGAGAUCCACUACUAGGAGAAGCUUCAUUAUCUCUUGCUAUGGCAGGCGAUGAUUUGCGUAUGAAGCUGUUAUACCUUGAAAAUAGAGUUGGUCUGGCUAAACUCCUUUUUCCCAUGGAAGCAAAAGUUGCAAUGGACAUUGCUCAAGUUGAUGGCACGUCUGAAUUCCCCCUGGCUAGCAUGAGGAAGAAGAUAGCUGAUGCACAGAGGACAACGGUGGAUUUGAAUGAGGCUCCUUUCAAGAUGAAAGAGGAGCAUUUGAAUCGGCUUAGGGCUCUCUCUAGAACUGUGGAACUUGGAAAACGGUUCUUUCCACGUUGUUCAGAAGUUCUAAAUAAGAUCAUGGAUGCUGAUGACUUGUCUGAGAUAGCUUACAUGGGGAAUGAUACAGCAGAAGAGCGUCAACUGAAGAAGCAAAGGUACAUGGAACUUCAAGAAAUUUUGUCUAAAGCAUUCACGGAGGAUAAAGAAGAAUUUGCUAAGACUAACAUGUCCUCAUCUUGUUCCUCUACAUCUAAGGGAGCAGAUAAGCCCAAUAAUCUCCCUUUUAGGAAAUAGAUUUUGUAUUAGGAGAUAUGAGGAAGAAACAUAGGACUCUUUUUUUCUUUUCAUCAUUUGAUGCGUUAUACAUACAAACACAUGUACCAUAAACUUGUAUUGUGAAAAAAAGAUUUAAAUUUUAUUACUAGUUGAGAAGCAA